AUGGCAUCGACUCGCGCCACCCCGCAUUCCAAGGUCGGGCGUCCUCCGCUCCUCGUGCUGGGCUUGAGUAGAACAGGCGGGACAUCGCUGUCGCGGGCCCUGGCGACUCUGGGCUACGGGAAUCUGUAUGAUCUCGACACAGUCGCCAACGGCAGCCCGGAGCACGCCGCGUUUUGGGUGCGGGCUAUCGAGAGGAAGCUGAGCGGUCAGCCUGGCUUCGACGGUACAGAAGCCGCCGCCUUUUUUGACGGCUACGACGGCGUUCGCAACGUGCCGGCAGCCGCUUUCGCUGCCGAGUUCAUCGAGAGCUAUCCCACGAGCAAAGUGAUUCUACCCACCCGAGACGUCGACUCCUGGCACGCGUCAUGUCUCGGCACCGUAUAUCAGCGCGCCGUUGAUCCCAUCCUCGGAGCCCUCGCGCUGAUCCACUCCGGCUCCCGGACAUACGCGACCCUCUUGCGGGCCUUGCAGCGGGCGCUCUACCGCGGCGACUUCCCGGGCUACGGAAAGACGGCGUUUGCGGAGCACCAGGACUACGUGCGGGGCCGCGUGCCGGCCGAACGCCUCCUCGAGUACCGGGUCCAACAGGGGUGGGGGCCGCUUUGCGAGUUUCUUGGCGAGCCCGUCCCCGCGGGUGACUUUCCGCAGAGCAAUGAUCGGGAUGCCUUUUGGGAGGGCUGUCGGGCCCGGGACAGGCGCGUGUUGCGCGAGCUGGCCGUAAAGGCGCUGCUGGUGUCCGGGACGGCCGUGGUAGUGGCCUGGCUUCUCAGAGGUGUGGUGUUGGGACCCGCGAUUUACAAUCCUAUAGCACGCCUCGCCCAAGCUUUUCCGGGUAGACCCGAGAUGGCGUGCUAG